AUGGUUAAGAACAAGCCAAGAUUGUAUGUCGUCUGCUUCUUUCGCACUCCUCAAGAAGGUGGAAACCCUGACCCUUACCAUUGGGGUCUCGCCAGCGGCCCAAAGGAUGGUGGAAUGGACGGCAUGCUUCUCUACCACGUUCGCAAUAUCCCAACUUCACAAGGCAUACACUGGCAGUUCGAAGAGCCACCGCGCAAUCUCUCAAGCGGUCCAACCCCUGCGAUGCUCACAUUCACAGCCGUGGCCAAGAUCGAAAACCUGCGGCGUUUGGAGGAGGUCAUUAGAGCUGUCCCUAUAGAAACGAGUGCUGUCUGGACCGUCUUCAAUUGCCAGAUGUGGGUUGAGCAAGCCUUGGCUGCUGUUGUUGGGGACCAGAGGUGCGUGGGUACGAAUGCAAUUCCGGCGAACUGGGCCGUCCUUCAUCAGCAAUGCACAUCGUUUUCGGAUCCGUUCCGGGAAAUGCGACUUCGAGGGCAGCCUCUGCCAACUCCGAGGCCUACGCAGAAUCUUCUACCUUCGUAG